GGGGAAGCAAGAUGGCGGCCAGGAGCCUGAAGGAUGCGGCGUGACUACGAUCUGCACUCAUCCACUGAGCGAUGCUUUUCAUCCCAACUUGAAUUGCCUAUACCAGGAGGGUGCAAUAUCUAAGUAUCUCAGUAAGGUGCAGCUAAAAGAACACCAUUACAAUGGCUCUCACUUUAUUUGAUAAUGAUGAAUACCGGCCUCCUGUGUGGAAAUCCUAUUUAUAUCAGCUGCAACAGGAAGCUCCCCAUCCUCGAAGAAUCACCUGUAUACGCGAGGUGGAAAACAGACCAAAGUAUUAUGGAAGAGAGUUUUAUGGUAUGAUUUCCAGAGAGGAAACUGACCAGCUGUUAAGUGUUGCAGAAGGAAGUUAUCUAAUUCGUGAAAGUCAGCGUCAACCUGGAACAUACACUUUGGCUUUAAGAUUUGGAAAUCAAACAAGAAACUUCAGGCUCUACUACGAUGGAAAACAUUUUGUCGGAGAGAAGAGAUUUGAGUCCAUUCAUGACUUAGUGACUGAUGGUUUAAUUACACUCUACAUCGAAACAAAGGCAGCUGAAUACAUUGCUAAGAUGACCAUAAACCCAAUUUAUGAACAUAUAGGAUACACAACUCUUAACAGAGAGCCAGCUCAUAAAAAACAAAUGCCAACACUGAAAGAGACACAUGAUGAGAGGGACUCGUCAGGAGAGGAUGGCACGUCAGAGAAAAGGUUAACAUCACUUGUAAGAAGAGCGACCUUAAAAGAAAAUGAACAGAUUCCAAAGUAUGAAAAAGUUCACAAUUUUAAGGUACACACAUUCAGGGGUCCUCACUGGUGUGAGUAUUGUGCAAACUUCAUGUGGGGACUCAUCGCUCAGGGUGUAAAAUGUGCAGAUUGUGGUUUGAAUGUUCACAAGCAGUGUUCCAAGAUGGUCCCUAAUGAUUGUAAGCCAGACUUAAAACAUGUCAAGAAAGUUUACAGUUGCGAUUUGACAACAUUAGUGAAAGCGCAUAAUACUAAAAGGCCGAUGGUAGUGGACAUGUGUGUAAGAGAACUGGAGUCCAGAGGUCUCCAAUCAGAAGGGUUGUACAGGGUAUCAGGUUUUACUGAUCUGAUUGAAGAUGCCAAAAUGGCCUUUGACAGAGAUGGUGAGAAGGCUGACAUUUCUGUGAAUGUGUAUGAAGAUAUAAAUAUUAUAACUGGUGCACUAAAACUGUACUUCAGGGAGUUGCCAAUUCCACUAAUCACAUAUGACGCUUAUCCCAAAUUCUUAGAAUCUGCAAAAGCACUGGAUGCUGAUUCUCAGUUAGAAACUCUUCAUGAUGCAUUAAAGUUGCUACCUCCAGCACACUGUGAAACACUACGAUAUCUCAUGACGCAUCUGAAAAGGGUGACUCUUCAUGAGAAAGAUAACUUAAUGAAUGCAGAGAAUCUUGGCAUUGUGUUUGGACCAACCCUUAUGCGUGCUCCAGAACAAGACCCCAUGGCAGCACUAAAUGACAUCCGUUACCAGAGACUUGUGGUGGAGAUGCUUAUCAAAAAUGAAGACAUUUUAUUUUGAAUUAGGAAACAAAUCAAAGGAAAAAUCAAUAGUGUUCAACAAAUGAAGGAUUGUUUUAUACCAGUUUAAGUGAAUAUUUUUAGCGGCCUCCUUAAUUUGUUAGCACUUUUUUGAACCUACAGGAAAAGAAAAAAAAUGAAGGAUUUUUUUCAGAUGAUGUAAAGACAGUAACUUUUACUAUUCUAAAUUAUUACUGCUCUAUGUUUACAGUAUAAUAAAAAUGUAAAUGAUUGCAUGAUGUUCUCCGUUUUUGUCGGGGAUUUACCUAAGGAAAUAUCAUUUUGCCAAGCUUCUUCCUUUCUAAACAAGUUGUGAGUGUAAUUCUGCAUGUUUCUUCUGGCGUACAGACGUUGUGACAGCUUUUAUGUUCUGCAUAAUGGGAUUCUAGUGAUAAUUUGCAUCUCUCAAACAGUUUCUAACAUCUGUAUCACUAAGUACCAUUUUCUUCUUUUAAUCUUUUUCUCGUUUUUUUUUUUUUUUGUAUCAUUUGGUUAAAUUUGUUUGGAACAAGGAAAAAGUGAGUUUUAAAUGUUUUAUUUGUGCAAUCUUGUAUGAUGGUUGCAGUUGAAUCUGCAAUAUUUUUUUUUUUAAUGAUUGUAUUUUCCAUCUGGCAUGCACAUAUUAAUUUAUUAAAUCUAGGUUUUAGAAAGCAA